AUGGCAAGCCAAGCGAUACCACCCGAACACGCUUCGGCGGCAACAGAGUACUUUCAACAGGCCGUCACAUUUGCUACGGACAACUUCAAAAAGAUCCCAGGAAGCGCCAUCAUUGCAAGAUAUGUCGCCAGUAGCUACCAAAAUGACCCCAUCCGAUCCCUUCUCGAACUCUUCCUCGUCCUGUUUGCAUUGAGAACAGUUCUCCAAAGCAGGACACGUGGUGGUGCCAGUGGGAAGAACUUUGUCAACCUCUCACCUAAAGAGAUCGAUGACCUCGUCGCCGAGUUCAAGCCGGAGCCUCUCUGUGCACCUUUGACACCGGCCGAGUCGCGAGAGCUUGCAUCCAUCCCCACCAUCGUUGGUGGCGCUAGCAGCAGGCCAAAGAUUAGCCUUCCUUCGCACAACUCGGGCAAGCCUACUCAGGUCAUGAACCUGGCAAGCUACAACUUCACCAAUCUUGCAGGUCACGAGGCAGUCAAGGAGAAGGCCAUCGAGACGCUUCGAAACUACGGUGUUGGUAGUUGCUCGCCACCAGGCUUCUACGGUACCAUCGACGUUCACAUGCAGCUUGAGGCCGACAUCGCUCGCUUUCUUGGAACACAGAACUGCAUCAUCUACAGUCAGGGCUUCAGCACCGUCUCUUCCGUCAUCCCUGCCUUCUCGAAACGAGGUGACAUUAUCGUCGCCGACCGUGGUGUCAACUAUGCAAUCCAAAAAGGUAUUCAGAUCUCGCGUUCCACCGUCUACUGGUACGAUCACAACGACAUGGACUCACUUCAGGCAACUCUCGAGCAGGUGAAGCGCGACACGAAGCGCAGGAAUGGUCCUCUUACCCGUCGCUUCAUUGUCACUGAAGGUCUCUUUGAGGGUGAUGGCGCACUUUGCGACCUUCCCAAGAUCCAGGAGCUCAAGAGGAAGCACAAAUUCCGUCUUAUCCUCGACGAGAGCAUCAGUUUCGGUACUUUCGGUGCUACUGGCCGAGGUCUCACCGAGCUGUACAACAUCCCUGCCUCUGAGAUUGAGAUCCUGGUUGGUUCCAUGGCCAACACCCUCGGAUCUGCCGGAGGCUUCUGUGCCGGCUCCGAUGAGGUCGUAUUCCACCAGCGUAUCAACGGUACUUCAUUCGUCUUCUCCGCCGCCUUACCAGCAUUGCUCGCCGUCGCCGCCAGCACAGCGAUUUCGUACAUGGUCUCUCAACCAUCCAUCCUCACUACACUGCACGAGAACGUCAAGGCGCUCCGGUCUAUCUUGGAUCACGUCGAGUCUCUCCGCAUCUCGAGUGAUCCACGCAGCCCUCUCGUCCACAUUCAGAUCCGCAGCAAGACCGACCGACACCCUGAUACCCCCGCUGACAAGUUCGACAAGGGCAAGAACAGGCUCUCUGUCGGUGACGUCAGCUUGACGCUAUCCAACAGCAAUGACGAGAAGCGCAUCGCUGCUGCAGGUCCGCUCCAGCACGACCUUUCCGUCGAUGAGCAGAUGCGUCUCCUUCAGGCUAUCGUGGAUGAUGCGCUUGAGCAUGGCAUCUUUGUUUCUCGUAUGAAGCGUUUGCCGAGCAUCAACCCGAAGGUCUUGGAAACCACGCUCGAGUCAAGGCCCAACAUUCGUGUUGCUGUCAGCGCCGCUUUCACAAAGAAGGAGAUGGAGAAGGCUGCCAGUGUCAUCAAGGCCAGCGCGAUCAAGGUUCUCGGCAAGAGGCGCUGA